CCAUGCGCGUACCAUAUCAACAGAGUUUCAAGCUUCAAUAUACUACACUACACCAGAUACCAGGUACUUACCAACUAGACUGUUUUUAGUUGUCGAGUGCCCGCGAGACUUACAACAAGUAACAACUUACACCAAAGCUGGUACCCCGAGCCCAAGUACUGCAGACACUCGACAGCCGUUAAAAUUAUAAUCAAGUGACAGGUUUAAUUCCCCAGUUUUAUUUAUCAAUUAUCCACAUUCAGACUCGCUGACUGACAUACACUUACCGCAAAACGUCUAUUUUGAUUUUAUCCAGCUUUGGUGUGAGAACUUUGUUGUUAAGCUGUCAAAACUUAGAAUAAUUUUGCAGCCAGAAUCCAGAAUAGUUACCGUGGUUGGUGACAAAAUCAGUGCGGUCAACUCCAAGGGCUCAUCACGGCUCUUGUAAUAAAAAAGUUAUUACAAUACUAUGCCGUUUAUCUCUAAAGACUGGCGUAGUCCUGGUGAAGAAUGGGUCAAAACAGUCGAGGGCUGGGAGAAGAAAAAAAUUCUCGAGUGUGCCAACAACAAAACUCUGUCAUUAUUAAUACGAACCGAGAAGGAUGGAGACAAAGCCCGCGAGAAGGAAAAAGAAAAAGAGAAAAAAAAAGAAAAUGCCGUCCAACCUCACUGUCACAUCACACUGAAGUGUACACGUGAGAUCGCCGGAUUCAACGGGCUGAGUGAUGCACUCAAGAGGCUGGACUUUUUGUCAGCGGUCCACGAUUGCCGACGUUUCAACUACAUCGUAAGGCUGUUGGAUUUGCUGGUCAGCCACACAAUGGGUGGUCUUAGUGGAUGUGCUCAGCGUGUGCUGUUCAACAUGCUGGAAGAAGUUACUCUGGAGGUUUCUUGUUCACAACAGCAGACAGGAAGACUUCGUAGACUGAUUGAACGUGUUAGGGCCUUCAGUGCUAGCUGCUGCUGGGGCGGACGACCUCUUGGUUCUGUUGUCCUGUGGGAAAAACACAAAGCUGCUUUGGAUAGAAUAUUGCAAAUUGCGUCGUCUAUCACAAUCACUCAGCCUGACGAAGAGCAGCAUCCACAGUGGUCAGACCUUCCAGCUGAGUGUCGACGUGAAGUUCUCUUGCGUUUAAGCGACCCAAGGGACAUCGAAGCUUCGUCAGAAGCUUGUGAACAUCUGGCUGCACUCGCUCAAGAACAAAGAAUUUGGCGAGAGCUUGCUCAGUAUCACUUCACACCCCAACAAAUAACUACUACCAUGCAAAAUAACCCAGGAAAAGACUGGAAAACAUUAUUCACUAUUGCCCGAAGGUCUUUUGGAUUGCGAGAAGAGUACGCGGAAAUGAUUCAACUGUGUCGGAAUUGCCGCUGCCUCUUUUGGCGUUCACUCGGACAUCCUUGUAUCGCUGAUCAAGAUCCAGCAUUUCAAGAAAAACUUGCUGAUGUCGAUCAAUCAUCUCUUCAUGUUCCAAUACCACCGCAAACUUUUCUCAAGUUCUUCUCUCUGUGAGAAUUAUUAUAAUAAAUUAAUGAAUUAUCACGAGAGUUGAAAAAUAAAAGAAAAUUAUUAUAAAAUAUAAGGAUGCGUUGAACAUAAAUAAAUAUAUAAAUAUAAAUAUAUAUUUAUUAAAAAUAGUCCUUAGAAAUAUCUAUUGUUGGCCGUUAAAUAAACUUUUAUUGUAAUUUGCUCUUUGAAGUAUUAUAAGUCAAAAUUUCGUGAUAAUUUUUGACAUUCGCGCUUUAAAAAAAAUGAGUAAUAUAACACCCUAUAAUAUAUAAAUAUAUAAUAUUUAUUUUGUGGAAAAUACAAAGAGUUUAAUUAUAAAGUCUGGUAAUGUAAUUAUACGUCCGCGAAAAAAAAACAAAUAUUUUUAAUUGAUUAAAGUUACAUAACUAACUAUUUAAUUAAUCAUCGAAAUCACGACGAAUGUAUACAAUUUAAUUAUUAUGAAUUAUAAUAGACAUGCUCGUCAAACGACUGUCUUACGAAACAUAUUUUAUCAAAUAAUUAUUUAACGUCCAUUGAAGAUCUCUUCCAAGAAAAAAAUUAGUUAAUUUUUUUUCAUUGUUUUUAUAAUUUUUUAAAUAAGAAUAAUGACGGUUGAUUAGUCUGAGAGACUAUUCAUUCGCUUCGAAAAGUAGUAUUUUGUGUUUUGUGAUGCCUUUAGGUGCUUGUGGUAGCUCUAUAAUUGUUGUUAUAAUAUGAGUUGUUAUAAACUUUUUUUUUUACUUAAACUAAUAUUUGGCACUAUAUAACCAAUGCUGUGUUCUCAACAUCACUUAUUCUUGAUUAAUUGAAAAAAGUAAAAUAAAAAAAAAAAAAAAACACUUUCUGAACUGAAA